CUCAAUCGCCGAGCUUGACGGCGGCUUUCCUGCGCGUGAUGGCGCCCCGCCCCGCCCCGCCCCCAAUUCCCAUAAGCCCGCUGAUGGGCUCAGCUAAUUGGCUUGGUGGCUUAGGGGCCGGCGCGGUUCACUUUGCGCCUGGAUCGCAGCCGCGCCAAACUGUUUGCGCCCGAGGACCCGCUAGGUGAGGUGAGGUGCGGCCGCGCGCGAUGGGAGCCCCCCCGGCCCACCGUGGCCCGGCCUGACGCAGGCGGCGGCGGCGGCACGUUGCGAGCUCAAGAUGCCCUUCCUGCCCGUCAAGUUCGACCUGCAGAAGCGGGUCAAGCUGGCCCAGGGCCUGUGGAUCCUCUACUGGCUGUCGGUCGCGGCCGGCGCGCUCCUCCUGGGCCUGGGCGUCUUCUUCAAGGUGGAGCUGCGCAAGCGCAGCGAGCUGAUGGACCAGAGCGAGAGCCACCUGCUGCCCAACCUGCUGAUCCUGGCGGGGCUGCUGGCCUGCGCGCUCAACGCCUUCGGCGGCAAAGUGUGCCACGACUCGCUGGACCCGCUCAAGUACUCCAAGUGGAAGCCCGGCCUGAGGAGGUUCCUGCUGCUGUGCUGCGCCUUCAACGCGCUGCUGCUGCUGCUGGCGCUGCUCUGCUUCCUCCUGCAGUUCGCCGUCUACCUGACGCUGUCCCGCGGCCUGAAGAACAGCAUCCGCUUCUACAAGGACACCGACACGCCGGGCCGCUGCUUCAUGAAGCGCACGCUGGACUUGACGCAGAUCGAGUUCCGCUGCUGCGGGAACGUCAACUUCCGCGACUGGUUCGAGGUCCAGUGGAUCAGCAACCGCUACCUGGACAUGAGCGACGGCCAAGUCAAAGAUCGCGUGCUGAGCAACGUGGACGGCAAGUUCCUGAUGGACAGCGUCCCGUUCAGCUGCUGUAAUCCGGGAUCGCCUCGGCCUUGCAUCCAGCACCACCUGACCAACAACUCGGCCCACUACGACUACGACCACCGCGUCGAGGAACUCAACAUUUGGACGCGGGGCUGCCGCGAGGCCCUCUUCUCCUACUUCAGCGGCCUGAUGACCGGCGUCGGCGUGCUCGUCGCCGCCACCGUCCUGCUGCAGUGUGCAGACAUGGCAGGCCUGAAGUACCUGAGCACCGCUCUGGAGACCAUGAGCGACCCCGAGAACCCUGAAUGCGAGAGCGAAGGCUGGCUGCUGGAAAAGAGCGUCAAGGAGACGCUGGUGGAGACGCUGGCCAAAAUCAAGACGCUGGGCAAGUCCAACCACGUCCAGGAGGGCGACCAGGAAGGCCAAGCGUGAGACGGAGCGAGCGCCCUUGCUCACUAACACGCUGGAUAAAGAAACACGUCGCAAACAUGGUGCCACCCAACAUCAUCUUCACUUCUUGUACAACAUGGAAUCGUGUUGUUUUUUUUAACUUUUGUAGUGACGCA